GCAACACAUGCUCCAGUGGAGUAGAGAUGCUCACUUCCUGCUGUUUAUAUUCCAUUGACAUUCCUGAAGACAGCUGCAGGUGAAUAAAUGAAUAAACGAUGCCAUCACCAACAAGGACGCUGUUGCUGGUUUCUGUUUUCUGCGCGUUCAGCUCUGCGCGCUCAGUGGACACUGGAGACGCCAGACCCUGCUCUGGAUCGCUCUGUCCUGCGGGCAGAUCGUCCAGACCAGCGCGCCAAUACAAUCCGACGACACAGAGCAGAUCAAUAAAUCAAUAUCAUCCACACUCGAGCUCUCAUUCUGAACAGCAGGCACCGCUUUCAUCGCACCGCGGGCGGUCUGGAGAGCAGACGAGGGAAAACAUCCAGACGCGCGUCGCUGGAGUUGUUGGUUCGGUGUGCGCCGAUUGCGUCACCACUCAAAGACAGCAAGUUAUUAACGACACCAGAGAUUGUAAAGGAAUUGAGUGCCGUCUACCUCUGAGGGUGCGACCGAAGCCACGCGUGUCCGGGACCAGCCAGCCUCCCCUCGUGCAUGUGGCGGACAGAGCCGCACAGUUUCUGGGGGAAUUUUCGGACAUUGGAUAUCCUGCAUCAGAGUUUGGAGCUCCUCUGGGAGUGCAGCUCACUUGUGACAUCAAACCAGGAGAAAAUGAGGUCCCGGCAGAGGAUGCACUCAUCUUACAUCUACAGCUGACAAAGGGUCAAGAGAAGCUAGUGGAGACAUUAAGAACUCAGCAGGUGGUUAUCCGCGAUCUGCAGAAGAGCCUGGUGGAACAGCAAGGGGCACUCCUCUCUCAACAGCGCGAGAUUCUCGACCAGCAGCAGCGCAUGUAUGAACAGAUGGAUGUGGUGAAGGCUCAGUACGGUUUGCUUUCUGAAACCGUCAAACAAGUUUCUUUCCAAGGACUUCAGGGAGAACUCCAGAGCUAUUUCGAAAGCCACCUGGCAGGGCUUCAAAACCAGGCACGGAGCCACCUGCAAAAACCCUACGCUGUGCAUAAAAAGAAUGUGGACGCUAAAGUGGUAAACGUGGUUGGUGAUGCAGGAAACCCAUUGCUGGGAUGCCAAAAUCCUUGUGGACCUGAGGAAUAUUGCGACUUUCAGAAGGAUCCACCCCAGUGUGAAAGGUGCACCAUGUGCCCCCCUGGGUUCUUCUUAGUGUCGCAGUGCUCCCCCACUGCUGACCAGAUGUGCCAGGACAGGGAUGAAUGCUUGGAAUUACCAAGCCUUUGUGGAGAGCGGGUAAAAUGUCUCAAUACCCCAGGAGGGUUUCGUUGUUUGGGUGUGUCUGAGAGGGAGAUUUCCGCAGGGUUGUGUGGUCAUGACUACUUCUACAAUCAGGAACUUCAGGAGUGCCAGGCUUGCUCGGACUGUGAUGGAGAGCCUAUUGCGAGUCCCUGCACUUUCAUCAGGGAUGCUGUUUGUGGGACCGUAUCCGAAAACAUGCUCUCACAGUCUUGGGCUGCUUCCAUUGCCAUUCCACCAACAAAAUCAAAGGCUAUGUCGAUCUAUCCAGGGAUAGAACUUAAUUUCCAAGGCAAAGAAGGAAACAACUUACUAUACAACCAUAAUAAUUAUCUGAACUUCCAACAACAUGGACUUCUCUGGACAGACUACAACUUUGCUCUGAAGCACAGUUGUAGGAACUUUCUCCAGGUUGGCAUGCGGAUGAACGGUAGUGAAGAGGAAGGCCAUGAUCUGAGCGGGGUUCGAAUAGAGCAACCAGAGAGGAAGUUCUUCCAAGGUGUGGUUGUAAGUGCUGCCGUUGAAGUGGAGCCCAAUCAUACCCUGGCUCUUGUCUUGAAGAGUCCCAACCAGUAUUGUAACCAGAGUAAAGAUUUGCAAGUGUAUGAGCUCGGAGGAUCAUCAUUCAGUGUGCUCUGGCUGUCCCAUGACACCGGUGCCGUUGCCAUGACUGCUCAGAUGUCCACGGCAGCCCACUAUCACAGUAACUAUCGCCCAACCUUUCGUAUAGCCACUGUCUCUGACCCCUACAUAGUGGCACUAACCUCUGACAACCGUGGGGUGCGUUUCAUGGAGAGCGGGGUGGUAAAGUUUGUGCUCCAACAGGCCAUCUAUUCCAUGGGUCACACCUGUGUUCGAGAGGGGUUCUCAUUGAUUGCUUACAUCAACCAAAAUGGAACCAAUCAGGAGGUUAUACGCUCUUUCAAGUCGGGUGUGAACUACAGAGACACCUCCAUCACGCUUUCUGGGUGCACAAUGGUACGCAAUGGAGACUGGCUCAAUUUUGAGAUCUUGGCACCAUCUCAGUGUAACGUCCGCUACUUUAGCGACAGCUCUGGGAUUAGUAUGCUGAGCUUGAUGUGGAUACCCUCUGCUGUCUCCUCUAGCCUAAGGGCCACUGUCUCCAGGACAGGCCUACCCUUGGGGGCAGUAAGAAAUAAACCUCUUUUCUUCAGACAGAUUAGUCCAAACACAGACCAGAUGCAGCUUUCUGGUUCAAGUGAGCCAUAUGCCCAAAGAAACUUUGUGUUUUCUGAGGCGGGGGUGGCUAAUGUGGCUAUCAAUCUGAAGCUGAUCCACUCCUGUAGUGUAGUGAAGCUGACCCUUCACCGACAAGAUAAAGGAGCUCAAGCCAAACCCUUGGCCCAGCAGGUUGGGGGACAAAUGCCUGAAGGAAGUGAGUGGGCCAGCGUGGGGCUGAGAACUACCUUUGACGUUCAAAAUGGCACUGCUGUCUAUGUGUCGGUGGACUGUGUUCGUGGACGAAUCAAUCAAAUCACCCAUGAGGGCGACACCAACAUAUCUAUUCUUUGGGUGGCAUCGUAAUACCAAAUAUGUCUUUAAAACAAUCUAAGAUCUAACUCUGCAAAGAGAAGAAACUGAAUGUGUUAAAAUAAUGAUCAAACAAACAAGAAAACAGAGGAGACAGAUUCAGUUCAUGGAAUGCACAGGUCCUAUUUAGAUUGUGUUUAUUGUUAUACUGUAUGAAGUAAUGGGAAUGGGUGUGUAAUGUUUUGAAAUGAUCCAGUUACGAUAAAAAAUAUAAAUUUUCUUCUUGGCUGGAAUAAUGGAACUACAGCAAUUUCAUACAAGUACUUCUUGAGUACUUCAGCUGGUUGAGCAGUGACCAAUAUUACCCAGACGAGGGAAUGUUUUCCAUAUCUGUUUGACUGUAAACAGUAUUUACAUGUUUGCGUGUACAUGUGUGUGUUACAUAAAAGAAUGUGAGUUUUUCUGUAUGUAUUUUGGUGGCAAUGUCAUUUUUGUUUUUGCACUUUACUUAAGUAAAGUGUUGUACAGUAAAUCAAAUGUGUUUGUAUCUUUUAUAUCAAAAUUAUUUGAAUGAUCUAUGUGAAAUACACAAGGGUAAUUAAUUAAACAGCAUCUUUGCUUGUUUUAUUAAAGGAAAUUAAAUAAAGAAAUCCUUCUGUUAAUCUUAAUAUUAAGUACAAUUAUGUAUGAAUACUGCUGACUGUAAUAUCCUCUUACUUAAUAGUAACUUUCGUAUAGUAAUUUAUACAGAAAUUGCAUAUCCAUAAGAAAUGAA